UUUUGUUUCAUAUUAUGUCAAACCUAUCAUUGGCUCUCUGCAUUUUUCUGGGCAUUGUGUUUGUUUCUUAUGCGGAAGAUACCAAGAUAGGAAUUUAUGAGCUAAGGAGAGGACAGUUUCAGAUCAAGUUAUCAAACUAUGGUGCUACAAUUAUGUCUUUAAUUGUCCCUGAUAAAAAUGGGAAAUUGGCUGAUAUUGUCCUUGGCUAUGAUUCAGUUGACUCUUACAAGAAUGAUACAGUAUACUUUGGUGCCCUAGUUGGACGUGUGGCAAACAGAAUAGGAGGAGCUCACUUCACUUUAGAUGGCAAAACCUACCACUUGCCUGCUAAUGAUGGCAAUAACACCCUCCAUGGUGGGUUCAAAGGCUUUGGAGAUGUUGUAUGGAAUGUAGCUUCCUACAAAAUGGACAGUCACAUCACAUUUACUUAUGUUAGUUCUGACCAACAACAAGGGUUUCCUGGAAAACUUGAGGCUGCUGUGACAUACAUGUUCUAUCAAACAAACAAGUUGAUAGUGAAGAUGGAAGCCAAGCCAUUUGACAAAGCCACACCAGUGAAUCUAGCUCAGCACACUUACUGGAACUUAAGGGGCCAUGACAGUGGAGACAUUCUCUCCCACAACAUCCAACUUUUCGCCUCUCAAAUUACGCCGGUGAAUGGCGAACUCAUCCCGACCGGCGAGAUCAAGCCGGUGAAAGGAACCCCAUAUGACUUCCUUGAGCCAAAAGAAAUUGGAAGCCAAAUUCAUGGCCUUCCUGAUGGCUAUGACAUAAACUACGUGGUGGACAAGAACACUGUCUCAAGUCACUUCAAUAAAGUUGCUGUGGUUAAAGACUCAGUUUCUGGGAGGAAAAUGGAAUUAUGGUCAAAUCAACCUGGUGUUCAAUUCUAUACAAGUAACAUGUUGAAGGAUGUGAAAGGCAAAAAUGGUGUCACAUAUCAUCAAUAUGCUGCCCUUUGCUUGGAGACACAAGGGUUUCCAGAUUCAGUGAAUCAUCCUAAUUUUCCUUCACAGAUUGUUAACCCUGGACAGAUUUAUAAGCACUUCAUGGUUUAUAGGUUCACUGCUCAGUAAAUAAUACAUAGGGAAAAUCACUCACAAGGACCAAUGAAUAAUGUUAAUUACACACAAGUGCUAAUAAGAAAUUGAUUAUUAUUAAGAUGGGAACAAAGACUUUUAUUUUCCUAAACGAUGACUUGUUAUUAGUUCUUGUUUAUAAAUAACAUAUUUCAGCGAUCCUUGUGCGAUUCUCCCUAAUAUAUGUGAGAGAGAGAGAGAGAGAGAGAGAGAGAGAGAGAGAGAGAGAGUGUGUGUGUGUGUGUGUGUGUGUGUGUGAGAAGAACAUCAAUUAUGCUUAACCUGUCAUGAAUAUGUAUGUUGGGAUUGUUAGCUUCGUGAUGGGUUAUGAAACUAUUGUGUCUAAGUUUCUUCCAUUGAAAUUGACUUCAAAUUGAUAUACGAGCAACUUUUUGUGUU